AAAAAAAAUGGUGUUGAGCCAUAAACAGAAAGGUGAUAAUUAGUUUUUCUUGGAAGCGUCCGUUCAUAGAACGUAAUUCUAGUAUUCAAAUAAAGGAAUCUUACAUGGAGAGGCAAAUGUCAGGGCAGUCGUCAUCCUCGCAAACAGAAACGGUCGUGGACGGGGGAACGCAGGAUGUUCCAACACUUCGAUUGCGUCUGCGAAAGCCAAAAUCAGAUAAAAAAGUGCAAUGGACACAAGGGACAAUUGACAAUGAACAAAUGAACAAAAAGAAAUCAAAAUGUUGUUGUAUAUACGAAAAGCCUAAAAACUUUGGUGAAAGCAGCUCAGAAGACACUGAUGAUGAAUGCGAACAUUGUCAUGGGCGUCAGGAUGCUCACAAAAAACCUGUACCAACUAAUAAAGACGAACCACCUGGAGAUGCAAUUCCAACUAAUCCGCAACCAAUUGCUACAGGGGGAUCCGCCUAAAAUUUUAGAUUGCUAGAAUAAUACUAAUAAAAUACGAAUUAUAUUAAUUGUCGUAUAAAAUCAAAAGUCAGGCGUAUUUGACUGUGAUUUUGUUAUUUAUUGACAUGAAUAU